AUGGUGGUGGUGAUGGCGGAAAUUGCAGAAGAAAGAAGAAAGAUUGAAAAAGGAGAUAAAGGGUGGGGUGUGGUGGUGGUGAAGUGGAGAUCUGCUGUUGAGUUAUUUGAGCAUUUCCAUAACGACUUUGAAAAGAUCCAAAACGAGGUAAAAGAUAGAAAGUUGGUAGUCACUGGAAUUGCUUUGGGUGGAUACAUUGCUAUUCUUUACACACUAUGGUUGCAUCAUACCAUUGAUGAGAAAAGGAAGCCUGAUUCUAAGAUAACCACACGUCCCAUUUGCAUCACAUUUGGUUCUCCUCUUCUAGGUGAUAAAGCCCUUGAAAGCGCCAUCUCCGAACGCCCAGAAUGGAAAUCUAGUUUCCUAAAUGUGGUUUCGACUUCAGAUCCUUUUGCUUGCUUUUUCUCGUCAAAUACUCGAUAUAAGCCUAUUGGUACCUUCGUGUUUUGCACGCAAUCAAGCGGGCACACGACAUUUGAAGAUAAUGAUGCAAUCUUGGCUAUUCUAGACAAGAUGGCAUCAUCAAGAUCAGGAAGCAAUCCAGGAAUUUCUAGACAAAUGCAUGAUUACGAGAAUGACUUGCGUUCAAUCAGAAGCAAUGUAUUAUAUCGGGGGGCUUGUGAAGUUGCCGGCGAGUUAGAUUCGAAUGCUUUAAGGGAAGGAAUCACAUUGCAGUUCAGGGAAAUUGGUGCGUUAGAUAUAUCGAAUGAUCUGAUUGAGAAAUUAAUGGAGGGUGAACAUGAAAAGAUGAGAAAACGCAUGAACACAAAAAGGCUUGAGGGGAAUCUAAACAAAAGGAAGAUAAAAAUGGCAAAAAUGGAAUUGUUUAUAAGCUCCAGGAGAUCGAGACGGGGUUACUAUGAUCGCUUCAAGAGUGGACCAAUGACGAUAGACGAAUUAUCGGGCCAUAACGAAAUUAUUAACAGUCAUGAAAGCCUGAAUCAGUAUUGGGACGAGUUUGUUAAAGAAAAGCAACUGAUGCCACAAAAAGAAGGCGUUAGUUUGCGCAAGCGUUGGCUCUAUAGUGGAAACAACUACAGAAGGAUGUUCGAGCCACUAUACAUAGCAGAAUACUACAAAAAGGGCAACAUAAGCUACAUAGAGAAUAGACCUAACCGCUAUAGGUUGUUAGAGAAGUGGUGGAAUGAAGAUAAGAAGAACUUGAAUCCAAAUGAGAGGAAAGAAAAGGGUCCUAACGUUAACGAUGAUUCUUGCUUCUGGGCUCGCGUAGAGGAAGCAUUGAUUUCGUUGAGGAUCUUGACGAAUGGAAGCUCAAGCAGCAAUGGAGUAUGUGAAAAGGAGCAAAAAUUAGAUAACUUUAUGACUUAUAUGAUGCAUUCGGUCAAUGAUUACUCGUUGUCAUCGGAUACUUUCUUGGAGGGAAGCAGUUUGAUGCAGUGGUGGAGGGAGUACAAUGCCUACAAAAAAGGUUUGUGUACUUCAAAGUUUGCUGAAUACAUGAAAAGUGGGAGAUACAAAUCGUAUCAGUAGCUCCGGUUGGUUGUG